CCACACACUUCUGCCAUGCUCUUCAGUGUGGCCGCUCUUCCGCACUUUCACUUCUGGAAACUCGCACCCUGGUUGCUACGGCAAUCAAGGAGGCUAGCCCCCAGUGGUGGAGAGGCAUAUCGAGGAUUUCCUGUCAGCUUAUCACACUACAGCACUCGCGCUGACCCGAUGCUUGAUGGGAGGAGGGGCCAGCUGUGCGCAGGAGUCCGUGUUGGUCCAAGAUGUGCUGGGCCCUACCAUCCGACCACACAACACCGCCCUGGGGUGAGAGGCGCUCCCCUGUCCCUCUCUGGGACACUACCAACAGCUCACUUGUUCUGCUCCAGAAGCCAAGACACAGAAGACAAGAUGUCAUCCUCCACUUCUUCCAGCUCCACUAAUGGACAGACUAACGCAAAAUUCCCUUUUCGCAAGAGAGCAAGUCUGCAGAUGCCCACAAACACUGAUCCGUUCAGUGUGUCUGGGCCCAAGCCCCUCAAAUCACAGCGCUCACUUCCGUCAGACAGACAGCGCAGUAUAUCCAUGGAGGAGAAGUACAAGGAGAUUGCUGAGGAGCUGUUCUGUCGCAGUAUGGGGGACAGCGAGAUGAGGAGUGCGCCAUACGAGUUCCCGGAGGACAGUCCCAUCGAGCAGCUCGAGGAACGGCGCCACCGUCUGGAGAGGCAGAUCAGCCAAGACAUCAAGCUUGAGCCCGAGAUCUUGCUCCGUGCCAAACAGGACUUCAUGAAAAUCGACAGUGCUGCAGAUCUAGAGCUAAUGAAACAACAGAGUACGGACCAGGUAGAUGCAGGCUUUAAUGAGAGAAUGCCUAUUGAGAGGGAGUUCCAGCGGGUCUCUAUAUCCGGAGAAGAAAAGUGUGGGGUCCCCUUCACUGAUCUUGUAGAUGCUGCUAAAUGUGUUGUAAAAGCAUUGUUCAUUCGAGAGAAAUACAUCAGUCGAUCCAUGCAGUCAUUCUGUAAGACCACGGCCCAUUCUCUGCAGGACCUGGGCAUGAUAAACCACGAGCUAGGGGUCUAUGAGGAGAUCCCUGAGACCCCUGUAGAUGAUGAUGCCCCAGUUCACCCACCAGUUUCAGAGACCCAUCCGUAUGACAACAUGGACCCUGAUAACAUGCCUCCAGACACGGGUUAUGGCUGUGGGAUGGUGGAUGGAGUGGUUCAUGUCUACACCAAAAGAGCCAACAUGGACAAGAGUUCAGAAUUAGACUUGCCGUAUCCAGACUUGAAGGAGUACAUUGCAGAUAUGAAUGUAAUGAUGGCCUUAAUAAUCAAUGGGCCAGUGAAGUCUUUUUGUUACCGCCGCCUACAGUAUUUAAGCUCUAAAUUUCAAAUGCACAUUCUUUUAAACGAGUUGAAGGAAAUGGCUGCACAGAAGAAGGUCCCUCACAGAGAUUUUUACAACAUACGAAAGGUUGACACGCACAUACACGCCUCCUCUUGCAUGAACCAGAAGCACCUGCUGCGGUUCAUAAAGCGCGCCAUGAAGAAGUAUCCCGGGGAGAUCGUUCACAUCGAACGUGGGCGGGGCCAGACCCUGAAAGACGUGUUUGAGAGCAUGAAUCUGACUGCCUUUGACCUCAGCGUGGACACUCUCGACAUGCACGCGGAUCGCAACACCUUCCAUCGGUUUGAUAAAUUCAAUGCCAAGUACAAUCCCAUCGGAGAAUCCAUCCUUCGUGAGAUUUUCAUCAAAACUGACAAUUGUAUUCAGGGAAAAUACUUUGCACACAUAGUGAAGGAAGUAAUGGCUGACUUAGAGGAAAGCAAGUACCAAAACUCCGAGCUGCGUCUCUCCAUAUAUGGUCGCUCCAGGGAUGAAUGGGACAAACUGGCAGAGUGGGCUGUCAAUCAUAAAGUGUACUCUGACAAUGUACGCUGGCUCAUUCAGGUUCCCAGGCUUUAUGAUGUCUAUAAAAUAAAGAAGACUCUAGCCAACUUUCAGGAGAUGUUGGAGAAUAUUUUCCUGCCUCUUUUCGAAGCCACCAUAAACCCACGCAGUCAUCCAGAGCUGCAUCUAUUAUUGGACCACGUGGUGGGCUUUGACAGUGUAGACGAUGAGUCCAAACCUGAGCAUCACAUUUUUAACCAGGAGAGUCCACUGCCUGCCAACUGGACUGAAGAAGACAACCCCCCAUACUCCUACUAUCUCUACUACACCUAUGCCAACAUGACUGUGCUCAACCACCUGCGGAGGAGGAGAUGUCUUCAUACAUUUGUCCUGCGGCCUCAUUGUGGAGAGGCGGGGCCCAUCCAUCACCUGGUGUCAGGAUUCAUGUUGUCAGAGAAUAUCUCCCACGGGCUGCUGCUUAGAAAGGCUCCAGUUCUUCAGUAUCUGUACUAUCUUGCACAAGUGGGCAUUGCCAUGUCACCUCUGAGCAACAACAGCUUGUUCCUUAGUUACCAUAGAAACCCUCUGCCAGAGUACCUAUCCCGGGGCCUCAUGGUGUCGCUGUCCACAGAUGACCCUCUGCAGUUCCAUUUCACUAAGGAGCCGCUGAUGGAAGAGUACAGCAUUGCGGCUCAGGUGUGGAAGCUCAGCUCCUGCGACAUGUGUGAACUGUCCCGAAACAGUGUCCUCAUGAGUGGAUUUUCACACAAGGCAAAGAGUUAUUGGUUGGGACCCAGCUACAUGAGAGAGGGUCCUGAGAGCAAUGACAUCCGACGGACAAACGUCCCGGACAUUCGAGUUGCGUAUCGGCAUGAGACGUUGUCAGAGGAGCUGCAGCUCAUCACUCAUGCAGUGCGCACAGACGAGCUGGACGCCAUUGACGAGGAGGACACUCUCACCAUGGCACCACUUCCAGGACAGCGCUAAGUGUCACAAUAUCUGCACUAACUGUCCCAUUAUUAACCCAGCAUGUCAUUGCAGAGAGGGGACAGCAUCAGUCACAAGCCUUGUGUAAAGAUUAAAAAUGUGUUCAAAAGCACAACAAUCACUGUAGAGCUCUGUGGCCCAGGACAGUGACUGUGUAACUCAUAGAAUAGAUUUAGAAUGUGUCCAGACUAAAACCAUGAAGUCACAGAAACCUUGUGUUCAUGGUUUAGUCUUUAGGAAAGUCUUUUGAUCCACCAUUCUGCCAAAGCCAUACCAAUAUACUAAGACUGUUUGCUAGUUAUUUAUUAUAGAUUUAUAGAAUAAACAUUUUUUUAAUUUCAAACUAAAAUUAUGGCCUCUGUACAGCCACACUUUGUUAGGCAUUUAGAGUUAGUGUUGAUAUUCAAGUGUAGAACAGCUGCUACAGAUCUCCCUUUGGCCAGUAAAAACAUUCCAGUCAGUAAAUGUAGUUUACUCUAGUUGACAGAAGGAUCUAAAAUAACAGUAACUGACAACUGCUUUUUGACUCCAGUUGAUCUUGUGCUGUGUACAGUUCAGUCAAUAGAACAAAGACACAUAUAUUUAUAAUGUAAUGUUAUAUUACACAUAAAAACAAUAAGAAGAGCAUGUAGAUGCUUAAAUUCCUGCCCAGACCAGCUGAGCACUGUUGAUAGAUUUCUCUCUUGAUUUAUGUUGAUCCAGAAAUGGUCCAUUGUACAAAGCAAAGGAGGGACACUACAAAUUAAAUUUUUCUCUCUAAGCCUCGGAGAUUCAAUGACUUGACUGUUGUGUAGCUCUUAGGCAUAUAACUUAAUUAAAACAAAUGAACAUAUGUUCCACUUCUUCCUCUGCAUGCAUCGUAUACAGUAGUUUACACUCUGUAUACUCCACACUUUUAAUUUCAGUACAGCUAGGCCUUCUACAGUAACACAGCUCAGUCAUAUACACUAUGUGCAUGCAUGGAGAUGGCCUUAUUAUGACAAAGCUUCUGCCUUGAAGUGCUUAUGCUGCAUGCUGCAUGAGGAAUUGAAGGAUUGAAUGAGUUCAAACUUUAAGUGUACAGUGAAUACAUGCACAGCAUUGUGUGUCUAACAAACCGGGAUUAUGAAACUUCCCCUAAUGUUUCUAAUGUAUCCACCAGUGUUUCCACCGCACUGCUCUGGCCACUGGCUCAGUCCAGCCUCAGAAAGAUACAGUGCUACUGUCCAAUGACACAGACAGAUGAGACAUGUAAGACAGGUGAAAAGGUUUCUCAGUGUUAAAGGGAUGAAUACAUAAUAUAAUGAGCUGAACAUGGUGGACCCUAUAAAAUCAUGUUUAAAAUGUAUUUUUUUAUGAUACAGAGUUUAUAUUCAUUAAAUUCUUGUUGCCGAGUAAAUUAGUAAUGUCUUCUAGACCAGCCUUAUUUGUUUGCUUUUUAUCUGAUCUGUGUCAAUCAUUAAACAUAAUGUCUAUUUAGCCAUAUUGCAGUAGCCUCUGAAAUACGGCAGAUGAAGUGCAGGUGAGGGCGAGGUGAGGGCGAGGUGAGGGCGAGGUGAGGGCCAGGUGAGGGCGAGGUGAGGGGCAGGUGAGGGCGAGGUGAGGGCCAGGUGAGGGGCAGGUGAGGGCCAGGUGAGGGGCAGGUGAGGGGCAGGUGAGGGCCAGGUGAGGGCCAGGUGAGGGCCAGGUGAGGGGCAGCUGCAGAGCUCUAUAAUCGUGUCACUGACCUUAGUGAAGUGGAACUGCAGAGGGUCAUCUGUGAAAUGUAGCGUUUAUAUUUACCUCUUACUAAAAGCCAAAACUCUCUGGAGUAGUUUUUUUUUCAUUUCUGUCCAGCAGAUGUUUGUAGACUAUUUUCGUGGCCAAACUCGUCAGGAAACAUUUUGCUGUUGUUCACCUACUGUAGACCCUACCUCACCAGAACUCAAAUAAUUGUAACAGCCUUGUUCAUCGUCACAGUUUUAUCCAUCAGUUUAACAAUUAUAUUUGCACUUACAUCAUAAUAGGUAAAUGAUUGAUCUACACCUUUGAAUCCGAGUUCAUAUACCUGUAUUCAGUGUUGGCUCAUAUUUGACAUAUUUUGAGUUGAGCUGUCUUGUUCUGCCAUUUACUUAUGUUGUUUUUCAUUAUAGUUUUAAUGUUUCCUGUAUUUUAUCUGAAGUGUCUUGCCACAAAUACAGAUGCUAUUUGACUAAAGUGUACAUGUAAACAAUAAAGCAUGUUUAUACAGUU